UUCGUCCUGGCCGUGUAUCACCAUGUUGUACAUUGUUGCGGGCUGUCAUGCUUUGUAGUUAGUAUCUUUAUAGUGAAAUAAGGAAUGGAUAAGUGCACGAAAAAGACUUCAUUUGUGUGGAAUUUUUUCACGGAAAAUAAUGAGUUUGCUAAUUGUAAUUUGUGUAAACAAAAACUGAGUUAUAAAUCAUCGACUAAUCUGAAGAAACAUUUGAAACGUAAACAUUGAUAUAGUAUGCUCACUAAUGUGCCAACAGAGGGUUUAGCUGUUCCACCGAGACCUAAAACAGCCCCCUUGAGUGCAGACGCACGCAGGGAAUCAGAUGAAAUCCUCAACAAGAUCCUGCCCCCCCGCGAGUGGCUGGAAGACAACCAAUUGUGGCGGCAGUAUGUGUCGAGCACUCCGGCCACGCGACUGGACGUCAUCAACCUGCAGGAGGAGCUGGACAUGAGGCUGCAGCAGCAGCAGGCACGCGAGACGGGCAUCUGCCCCGUGCGCCGCAAGCUGUACACCCAGUGCUUCGAGGAGCUGAUCCGGCAGGUGACCAUCAACUGUGCGGAGCGCGGGCUGCUGCUGCUCCGAGUGCGAGACGAGGUCCGCAUGACCAUUGCCGCCUACCAGACGCUCUACGAGUCCAGCAUCGCGUUCGGCAUGAGGAAGGCUCUCAUGGCGGAGCAGGGCAAGGCGGACCUGGAGGACACGGUGGAGCAGCUCCAGGGCGUCAAGGCCGAGCUGGAGAAGCAGGUGGUGGACCUGCGAGCCCGCACCGACCAGAUAGAGCGCCGCGCCACCGAGCAGCGCCAGGCCGACGAGAAGCAGCACGCCGAGGAGAUACAGAACCUCAAGAGGACCAACCAGAUGCUCAGGACCCAGCUGGAAGGAAUCACUGCACCAAAGAAGUGAAGCAGAGAAUGAAAACGACUAAUGACAAUCGGUGAAAUAAUGUAGAUAAGACAUGCACAGUAUUUCUGGUGGCACAUAGUGUGGUAAUAAAAGUCAUAUCACCCAUUUAAAAUUUGGAGCAGCUAAUAACAAAAUUGUUCCAUUUGAAAAAUUAUAAAACCAUCACAAAAAAAGUAUAUACGUACUAACAACACUCAUCAUCUGAAAAUUAAAAGUGACACGUAAUGUCAUAAGCAUUAAUAUUUAUUUCUUUUGAUUAUUUGAGUUUUUAACAUGCAUUUAUUAAUUUUAAAUUUAUGUAAUAAACUAUAUACUUAUAUAAAUCUGGCUACUUUUAAUCACACAUUGAUUUCCGAUAAUGUGAGUAUUCAAGAUUGUAAAAAAGUAUUGACUUUCAUAAAUGAGAAUAUUUUGGGUGCAUGAAUACUUACAAUACAGCGUGUUUCGGUGCAUUGGAAAUGUUUUCAUGAAUCAGCUGAUUAUUACAGUACCUCAAUUUUUAAGGCGAUUCCAGGCGUCCAAGCCAAUUUAUUCUGCUAUUGUUUCACAAGACAGUAGCAAAUUAACUUUGAUUGCUUGUGUUUAAAAUGCCGAGAAUAGUUCAAGUUUCUGAUAGUGCUUAUGAAUGUUUUUACGUCAUCGCUACUUGUCAUGAGUUUGAAAUGCAGUAAAUAGUGGGCUUUUUAUUAGACCUGUGCAAAUAUUUUUUUUUUAGUUUGAAUCAAAUACAAAUAUCAAAUUUGCAUACUUCCACUAAAAAAGUUUUUUUGUCCCAUCAUGUAACAACUUCUUUAAAAUUAGACAAAUAAUACUAAAGUGAAAGGUGGGUUAAGUUAUGUCAGCUACAAUAAUUAUUGGGGAAAUGUUUGUUAAAAUAUUUAAAUUGAAAAAUAAAUAUUUGUUUUAUUAAUUAUGCAGCUAACCUAACUUAACCAACCAACUAACCAACCCACCCACCCACCUUAUUUUCCACAUCCGGCUACUCUACCUAUUGAUCCAGCAAAAUCCAUGACAUUCACUGCAAUCCAUUUUACGAAAAACUUGAAUUUUUUUUUCCUGCUGUAUUCCCAAAUUAGUGAUUGAAUGAGCUAAUAUUUACAUAUUUAAACCCUAGUUAUUCACGAGAUUUCGUUGUUAACGGCAGCCAGGUAAAUUGUAUUUUAGUUCAGCAAUAUUAUAAAUACAAUUUUCGCUAGUUUCGUCGGGAAUCUUAAAAUUUCAUUAACUUUUUAAAAAAUAUAUUUUAGAGUGGUAACGUCAAUUUUGUCAUACAUGUAUACAGCAAGUAAGCGUUACUGUAUCACAUGGUGUCAGAUUGAUUGUGAUUAUCGAAGUAUAUGGCAUUGAAACUAUGACGAUUACUUCUUUUAGUGCCCAUCUUAAUGGGUGUCAUGUUUUGUGGCUGUGCAGCCCAUGGUUCUGAACUGAAAAGAAUUCAAAUCAUGUUUUGUUUGAGUUUGAAAUGAAUGCAAAAAUAUGCCAUGUUUUGAAUUGUUCACUGAAUUUUUUCCAUCAUUGUUUAGCGAGACAGUAGUGAGAAAAUUUUUUUUAAAUUGUUGCUUAUUGUUCAUGUUUACCAAAGUGACGAUGUACUGGUUCAUGUUGCUACACAAGCGUCCGCCAUUUUUUUGACGUUUCUGAGACUUCUGUGCAGAGACAGCAUUGUCGUCUCGCAUUUCCGUUCUAUUUUCACAAAAUUACUCCUAUCAAAUGCCCUGUGCAGAGAGCUAAGAUGUUUACACAUCAUAAAUUUUAAUGGAUAAAUCAGUUAAUUUUAUUUACCAUUAUUACUCAUGUACAGUAUGAGCACACUACAUUAUCAUCUCCUGGUAACGAAGUAUUAGAUAAUGUACAAAAUGUUCUAAUGGUGUAAGUUACGUCAAAACUGUGCACUGGACAGCUUUAAAGCCCUAACUGACAUAAAUUAACACAAAGUAUAAUAAUUUUAUUAAGUGAACAGCAUGCAGUUUAAAGAAAAAAAAAUGAAUGAAAAAUUAGUUAAUCAUAAAAAUU